UAACGAAACACUUGAACAAUUCAUUUCGCUGGCUGUGCGUUGUGCGUAGUUGAAUUGAUGUCUUCUUCGAUUUCAAUUCCGAUUCGAAUUCCAAUUGCAAUUGCAAUGGAUUCAGCGUUGGCUGCGACUGUCACGCAGAUGGCGUUUUUCAAACCACUGAACCACCGCCAUUUGGCCACACGCAGAUGGCGCUUUUCCAAUCUCCACCGCCUCCACUGUGUUAUGCCUGUGCGGUGUUCCUCCGUCGGCGGCAACAGUGUUGACGACGAUGUUAUUGUUCUCCACGUUGGGGGAAUGAUGUGCGACGGAUGUGCAGAUAACGUCAGAAGAACUUUAGAAAGCCGACCACAAGUGUCAUCUGCCAAAGUAAAUCUAAGAUCCGAGACAGCAAUAGUUUCGGCUGUGCCUGAAGAAAAAACUGCACCAAAUUGGCAACAGCAAUUAGGGGAGACACUUGCACAGCAUUUAACUACCUGUGGCUUCACUUCUACCAUUCCAGGUGGGACAAAUCAAGAAGAUCGCUGAAGGAGUUAUUAUUUCACCAUAUAAAUGCAAAUGAGGGUUUAGAGUCCAUGGUGAGUUUCAGCCACAUAUGGUGAUUAUUGGACUAUUGGAGAGUCAUGUCUGUGCUCUGAUGGCUAGGCAUGUUGUAGAAUUUGCUUAUAUUCACUAAAAUUAACAAACCCGUAGUCAUGCGGAAGUGGUUGGGUUUUGUGUGUAUGAUACCUACGACAUUUUCUGGGGGAUUUCCGUUUUCCAUGACAAAUGGUUUCCUCAAGAGGUUGACAAUAAACAAGUCAAUGUAAGAAUUUCAUAGCAUACUUGAGAGUUGAAACUAUAGUAUCAGAGCUGUGGAUGAAUGAUAGAUGGAUCAAUCAUUUUCGCGGUCUCCUCCAUUCUCUUGUACCGAAACCCAAUUUGUAUUUGCCUGUAUCCUUUGAUUGGCUGGCUCAUUAAGUUAGGAGGAGGAUUUGAACAGAGCCUUACUAUUCUAAAC